ACGAGCAGGCAUCCACGGCGUUGCUGUGGCAGUGGGACCCUGGGAGCAGGAGAGGUCCACUCAUCUACGAUCCUCGGCUCAAUACAGACAUAACUUUUCAAGGCAACUGACACGUCUUAAAGGAGAACAGGAGAAAGACAUCGUAAACCCCGAGAGGCAACCAUAGUGAACCUGGACAGGGACAAGAAAAAGAGAGGCCACAGUACAUUAUAGAGUCUUCUGUUGCUGCUGCUGUACUCAGAGACAGUCUCUCUAUCAGAAUCUUCUCCUGACCGUGGUUCUACCAGAGAGACAGAAGCAGAGAGGCUGUGUGUCCAGAGCUCUCCAGUACAGUCUCUGGACCUCUAUCCUGCUGCCAUGGCCCUUGAGUGCACUGCGUCCCAUUGGUGAGCGAGGGGCAUCAGAGGGCAGAAGACAUGUUGGGACAGAGGCCUGGGGACCGCACUGAAGCUUGCUGUAGUAACCAUGGAAAUGCUAUGGAGGACCUUGGCCUGCAUUGUUGUCAUCAUCGUCAUGGUUGCCACCGAGGUCGCAGAAAGUCAGACUGCUGAAAAGUUCACCCAGUCACAAGCUACGUUCCUGUCCAGCCUGGGCCAGUAUGAAAUUGUCAUCCCGGUUCGUGUGGGGCCGCAGGGCGAGACCCUGGACACAGAGGAUGGAGGUGCAGACAGCCCCAACCACCACCGGCGGAGCCACCGCAGUGCUGAGGACCAGCAACAGGACCUGUCCCAGCUGUACUACCAACUCUCCACCACCAAAACUAACUUCUUCCUCAACUUGACCCUGCAGGGGGGCCUGCUGUCCCACCAGUUCCGUGUGGAGUACUGGAGGAGGGGCCGUCUGGCCUGGAGCCACCCUUAUGCCCCCCAGUGUCUCUAUGUAGGCCACCUGCAGGGUCAGCCCCACUCCAGCAUGGUGGCUCUCAGCAACUGUAACGGCCUGCAGGGGGUGAUCGUGGUGGGCGGUGAAGAGUACCUCGUCGAGCCUCUGACCCCGGCCGAAAACCUCACUAGGGCGGAGAGGGGGAAGGGCCGCCCCCAUGUGGUUUACAAGAGGUCAUCUCUUCGCCACCAGUACAUGGACCAGUCCUGUGGUGUCAUCGAUGAGAAGCCAGGUAAAGGCAUGGCCUGGUGGCAGAGGACUCUGAAGACUCCUCCCAACCCCAUCAGCCGAGGCCAGCUGCCCCUGAAGAGGUCUGUGAGCAGGGAGCGCUACGUAGAAACACUGGUGGUGGCCGACAAGAUGAUGGUGGGGUACCACGGCCGCCGGGACAUCGAGCAGUACAUCCUGGCUGUCAUGAAUAUUGUUGCCAAACUGUUCCAGGAUUCUAGCCUGGGGAACGCAGUGAACAUCGUGGUGACCCGCCUCAUCCUGCUCAUGGAGGACCAGCCGACUCUAGAGAUCAACCACCAUGCAGGGAAGUCCCUGGACAGCUUCUGUAAGUGGCAGAAAUCCAUCCAGAACCGGAAUGGCAACGGGAAUGCCAUCCCAGACAACGGCAUCGCUCACCACGACACUGCCGUGCUCAUCACCAGGUACGACAUCUGCAUCUACAAGAACAAGCCAUGUGGAACCCUAGGUCUAGCACCAGUGGGAGGGAUGUGUGAGCCAGAGAGGAGCUGCAGCAUCAACGAGGACAUUGGCCUGGCCACAGCCUUCACCAUCGCCCAUGAAAUAGGACACACGUUUGGGAUGAACCAUGACGGAGUUGGCAACGGCUGUGGCUCCCGUAGUCAGGAGACAGCCAAGCUGAUGGCUGCACACAUCACCAUGAAGACCAACCCUUUUGUCUGGUCCGCCUGCAGCCGAGACUACAUCACCAACUUCCUGGACUCAGGCAUGGGUUCCUGCCUCAACAACGUCCCCCCCAAGCAGGAUUUUUUGUACCCCACUACGGCCCCCGGCCAGGCCUACGAUGCAGAUGAGCAGUGCCGCUUCCAAUAUGGAGUGAAGUCUCGGCAGUGUAAAUAUGGGGAAGUCUGCAGUGAGCUGUGGUGCAUGAGCAAGAGCAACCGCUGCAUCACCAGCAGCAUACCCGCCGCCGAAGGAACCAUCUGUCAAACCAAUACCAUAGAGAAAGGGUGGUGCUAUAAGAGAGUGUGUGUGGUCUACGGGACGAGGCCAGAGGGGGUGGACGGCGGCUGGGGUCUCUGGACUCCCUGGGAAGAGUGCAGCCGUACCUGUGGGGGAGGAGUGUCCUCCUCCAUCCGCCAUUGUGACAGCCCCAGGCCAACCAUUGGUGGAAAGUAUUGUCUGGGAGAGAGGAAGCGCUUCAGAUCGUGCAAUAUUGACGAGUGCCCUGCAGGCUCUCAGGAUUUCCGGGAGAUUCAGUGCUCCGACUUCGACAACGUUACUUUCCGGGGGAAAUUCUACACCUGGAAACCCUACAGGGGAGGUGGAGUGAAGUUCUGCUCUCUGAACUGCCUGGCGGAGGGAUAUAACUUCUACACAGAGCGUGCUCCGGCUGUGGUGGACGGGACGCCAUGUCGAGACGACUCUCUGGAUGUCUGUGUGAACGGAGAGUGCAAGCAUGUGGGCUGUGACCGGAUCCUGAGCUCGGACGUGCGCGAGGACCGCUGCCGGAUGUGCGGGGGUGACGGGAGCAGCUGUGAGGCCAUCGAGGGCCUCUUCAAUGACUCCCUGCCUGAAGGAGGUUAUGAAGAGGUGGUCAGAAUCCCCAAAGGAUCCGUGUUCAUUCAUAUCCAGGAGCUCAACGUCUCCCUCAACUUCCUAGUGCUGAAGAGUAAAGGAGAACAGUUCUUCAUCAAUGGGAAGCUGACCAUCGACACCCCUCGUAGGUUCGACAUCGCAGGGACCACCUUCCACUACCGCCGGCCCACUGACCAACCUGAGACCCUGGAGGCCCUGGGGCCCACCAACAUGACCAUCAUCGUCAUGGUACUGGUGAGGGAAGAGAACCCAGGGAUCCACUACCGCUUCAACCCUCCAGUCAGCAGAAACCUUUUGAGUGGAUAUGCCUGGCACUACACAUCCUGGUCCCGCUGCUCUGCACUCUGCGCUGGGGGUGGUCAGACCCAGCAGGUCGUGUGUAAGAAGCAGACAGAUCACACCGUGGUCUACAACCACUUCUGUGACAAGAAGAGCAAACCCAAAGACAAGAAGCGAGCCUGCAACUCUGAGCCAUGCUCCCCAAGCUGGUGGUCUGGGGUGUGGUCUGAGUGCAGUCGCAGCUGUAACGGGGGCCUGAGGACCAGAGAGGUGUUGUGUAAGAGGAAGAUCUCUCCUACAGAGGAGAAGGUCCAGGACGACAGCGCCUGUACUCCUCCACGACCACCUCUCACUGAACCCUGCAGCAACCACACCUGCCCCCCCGAGUGGCUGGCCCUGGACUGGUCAGAGUGUAAUCCCAGUUGUGGUCCAGGGUUCAGGCACCGUGUCCUUCUGUGUAAGCGUGGGGAGAGUGGAGACAUACUGCCAGAGUCCCAGUGUCCCAAGCAUGGGCGUCCCACCACCAGGGUGCGCUGUAACCUGCAGCGCUGCCCACCACCCAUGUGGGUCACAGGGCCCUGGGGAGAGUGCUCGGCCAGGUGUGGUCUGGGUCAGGAGAAGCGCUCUGUGCAGUGUCUCGCACAAACCGGCCAGCCGUCCAAUGAGUGCCCAGACCUCCAGCGCCCGGCAGCCAUGCAACAGUGCAAGAGCAAAUGUGACCUCAGUAGCCUACCCAUGGACAUCCCCGAGGGUGACCCCGAAGAGUGCAAAGAUGUGAACACAGUGGCGUACUGCCCCCUGGUGCUCAGGUUUAAGUUCUGCAGCCGCCCCUACUUCAGACAGAUGUGCUGUAAGACCUGCCAAGGACACUGACCCCUGAACCAGACCGAGAGCCAGACCAGGAGGCAUCCCCAGCGGGCCCAGACUAGACCAGGAGCCACUCCUAGCGGGCCCAGACCAGACCAGGAGCCACCCCUAGCGGGCCCAGACCAGACCAGGAGCCACCCCUAGCGGGCCCAGAACAGACCCACUGAGCUGCACAUUCCACAGGGGGGAGGGACGGCCCAGCCAACGCACCGCAGAGCAGCCUGCCUGACAUCCGUGGACAGAGAAGUAGAUGGUGGGAGGGUGAGAGAGAGAGAGAACUGUACUUUUAUCCCGCACUCUGAAAGUACCCUAUCUUAUACCAGCUUUGGGGCCACUGCUGUGAAGACCAGAUGAGCUGCUGGGAUAUCUCUCUGUUGCUAUGUACGUACACUAUAUAUACAAAAGUAUGUGGACACCCCUUCAAAUUAGUGGAUUCGGCUAUUUCAGCCACACCUGUUGCUGACAGGUGUAUAAAAUCGAGCAAACAGCUAUGCAAUCUCCAUAGACAAAC